AUGCCAGGUAACACCAAGCGCAUCUUGAACGUUGUUACCAACGUCGGGCAUUACAGCGACCAAUCCCACCCGACUGGCUUGUGGUUGUCCGAGCUCACGCACGCCUGGCACGUCUUUGAGGAGCAUGGAUUUGAGCAGACUAUCGUCAGCCCAGCUGGGGGUCUCUCUCCCCUGGAGCCGCGGUCCCUGAAAUUCCCCAACUACGACAAGACCGCGAAAGCGUGGCGGGCCGAUCCGGCACGGAUGGCACUGCUCGAGAACACUGCCAGACCCGACCAGAUCAACUCAGCCGACUUUGACGCUAUCUACUUCACCGGCGGACAUGGGGUGAUGUACGACUUUCUCGAAUGCGAGGGCCUGCAGCGGAUCACCCGGGAGAUCUUCGAACGGGGUGGUAUCGUCUCCUCGGUCUGUCAUGGCUACUGUGGCCUGCUCAACACCAAACUCUCUGACGGCUCGUACCUGAUCGCCGAACGCAAUAUGACCGGGUUCACCUGGCAGGAGGAAGUGCUUGCCUGUGUAGACAAGCUUGUGCCCUACAACGCCGAAGAAGAGGCGAAGAAGCGCGGCCCUCACUACAAAAAGGCCAAGCUGCCGUUUGUUUCCUACACUGUGGUCGACGGCAACCUGGUAACUGGACAGAACCCAAGGUCGGCGAAGGACACCGCGAGGAAGGUUGUCGCCGCCCUUGGUCAGUGA